AUGUUACAGUGCGCAGCAGGUGAGGACUGCUGCAGUGGCGCUUGCACCAACCUCCAGAACAAUCCCAGUAACUGUGGCACUUGUGGGAACACCUGCGCGAUAGGAUCGACCUGCUCAUCAGGCACCUGCAGAUCAUGCGCGAGCUUCCAGGCGCCGGCCACAUUCGGCGUGGGGUCCACUCCGGGUGCUGUUGCAGUGGGCGACUUCAACGAAGAUGGUCAUCUCGAUAUCGUGGUUGUGAAUAUCGACGACAAUACAGUGAGCGUCUUGCUCGGGGCUGGAUCGGGGAGCUUCCAGGCGCAGGCCCAAUUCGGCGUGGGGUACUAUCCGGGUGCUGUUACAGUGGGCGACUUCAACGGAGAUGGCUAUCUCGAUAUUGUAGCUGCGAAUUCUAGCGAUAAUACAGUGAGCGUCUUACUCGGGACUGGAUCGGGGAGCUUCCAGACGCAGGCCACAUUCGGCGUGGGGUCCUAUCCGGUUGAUGUUGCAGUAGGGGACUUCAACGGAGAUGACGAUCUCGAUAUCGUGGCUGCGAAUUCUGGCGACAAUACAGUGAGCGUCUUGCUCGGGAAGCUUUGCGUCGCUUAG